ACGCAUUUUAUUGUUGUCUAUAGUAUAUAUUUCAAUGACGGUGGUGGACCCAUUAAUUACGUGAUAAACAAGACUGACGUACUUCAAUUGGUUUUUCCCAACUGCCAGUAUCAAGCGACAAUGCGUGCCACUCAAGAAUCAGUCAACCAAAAGCUUUCUGACCUCCUCUAUCUCAAUAUUCUUAGCGUAAAAUAACUGAUUAUAUCUGUGAAAAUGUAACUUGAUUGAUGCAAAUUUGACGAAAAAUAAAAAACGUUUUAUUUUAUUAGUAUUUUUUUGUGAAUUUAUAAAUUUUUUUUUCUGUUCUAAAAGUUGUUAUAGUUUUAUAAAAAUGUUUUUAAAUGACACUCUUUUAUUGCUGACAUAUACGGCAAAUAUGAUGGCAACUCUGCCGAAUGAUACGAAGAUCCAAAAUUCUGAUGUCAAGGUUACACAUUUAAAUAUCACGACCACGACCUUGUCACCAGAAGAAGUAGAGAAUAUAUUUGAUUUCGAAGAUGAAUGGUAUAUGUGGCGAUGCUAUCAACCUUUUGGAUGUUUUUACAUUGGUGCACCUUGGUCUGGUGAAAAUAGACCUGUUUCAACAUUUCCAGGCCGACCAGACAGCGUUGAUCCACACUUUAUGCUUUACACUAGAGAACAAAGUGAAAUUCCACAUGAACUUUUCAUCGAUAAUUUUCAAUCAAUAAAAUCUUCACCUUUCAACAAUAAAAUUAAAGUAUUUUUCAUUGUUCAUGGAUAUCUUGAUAAUGGAGACAAAACAUGGGUCAUUAGAACAAAACGUGAAUUAUUAUUACAUGAAGAAUGCAAUGUGGUGGUGGUAAAUUGGAUUGGUGGUGCUGGACCACCAUAUCCACAGGCCGUUGCAAAUACACGACUUGUUGGUGCAAUGACAGCAAGAUUAAUUUCACAAAUAAUUGAAGUUGGUGGUAUUCAGCCUAGUAAUAUUCAUGUAAUUGGACACAGUCUCGGUGCUCAUACUUGUGGAUACAUUGGCUAUCACUUGAGAGUUCAGUAUGGUCAUAAAUUGGGAAAAAUAACUGGAUUGGAUCCAGCAGAACCACACUUUAGCAAUACCUCUCCAAUGGUUCGAUUGGAUCCAACUGAUGCUGAUUUUGUGAUCGCAAUACACACAGAUGGAAGUCCGUUUAUUUCUGGAGGAUUGGGAAUAAGUCAGCCAGUUGCACAUAUUGAUUACUAUCCAAAUGGUGGAAGGAAUCAGCCUGGUUGUAACAAUGGUGUGUUAAAUUCAAUAACUCUCGAACGUGGAAGUUUUUUUAAAGGUAUCAAACGAUUCCUAGGAUGCAAUCACAUUAGAAGUUAUGACUACUUUAUCGAAAGCAUUAACACUCUGUGUCCAUUCCUCGCAGUACCUUGUGGUUCAUGGCAAGAAUUUCAGGAAGGAAAGUGCUUUGAUUGCAUUCAUCAGUAUUGUCCCCGGUUUGGUUUUGAUGCACAUCCUGGUAACUAUCAUGCAUCUGUCUAUCUUGUAACAGCAUCGGAAAAACCAUUCUGCAGAGGGCAAUACAGAGUGAGUCUUAACAUAUCACGAACAAGUGAAUCAGUUGAUCACGGUGGUGAAGUUGGAGUAUUUGUCAUUCGUGUGAUUGGAGCUGGUGAUAAGAUAUCUGAAAAAAUAAAAUUGAGUGAAAAUUCAAAAUUAUAUGAACCAGGAACAACGCACACUGUGGUGUUAGCUGGAGAAAUCGUCGGUAAAAUAGUAGCCGUAGAAAUUACGUUGGAAUAUCAAACUUCUGUUCUCAAUCCAUUGACUUGGCGUUUGCUGCAAAAACCCAAGGCAUACAUCGAUUCAUUAACAAUCGAUAGUUUAGAAUUUGGUGAAGGAAUCACCGUAUGCUCGGAGGAGACAACAGCACUGGUUGCCAAUGAGCCUAGGAUAUUAAGUGGUGAUCAUUGCCCUCAUUCAGAAAGAAAUGUGGUUUCAACGUGAAGCUCCUGUACAAAAAAAAUUUGUUCCUGACAAAUUUACAAUAAAGUUCAUCAAGGAGUCUUAAACUAAUUCAUCAUCAUCAUCAUCAAUUUGUAGAAUUUAUCAUAAAUUUGUUUUAAAUUCUCAUGACUUAAAAUGAGAAAAAGUUUGUUACGUUCGUUAAAAAAAAAAAAAAAAAGAAUUGUGCUGAAAUUUCUACGGUACAUGAUAGUUAUUCUACUGUAAACAAUACUAUAUACUAAAGUGUAUCAAUAAAGAAAUAUCUGUUCGAAAACUAAUUCUCUAAUACAAUGAAAAGACCUUGAACUAUAUUUUAAAAUAUAUAAAUACUACAUCAAAAUUUACAGCAUAAAAAUAUUUAUAUAAGAUCCCGGUCCUUA